GGGGGAAGAAAAAAAAGGGGAUAAGUCAUCGAGCCAGCCAGCCAGCCAAAGGAGAAGUGGGCGACACAAGGAGAGGAGGGAACCGACAGCAAGUGAGAGUUUUAACAGUGCGUGAGACUGAACAGAAGCUACGGGACAUGAGGUGAAAAUGGCUCAGCGUCUGCGUUUGUACUUUGGAUCUGGCCGCAGCAACACGGCCCCGGAGAUGCUGGAAACGGACUCUGAGGAUCAGCGAGGAGAGGGCGAAGCGGAGAGGGGGCACUACGUUGGGCCUCCUCCGUUACCCAGGCCUCCUCAGGAGUCGGCAGCGCAACACAUCCCGUCUGGAGCUUUUGGCUUGCGCUCGGAGCCUUCACUCAAAAGGAGCUCCUCCAUGUUCAUACCACAGCUGACCCCCUACCCGGAGCCUCGACCCACCAGGAGCUCGUCUGUGCAGAUCUCCCUCCAGCGCUCCAACGGAUCGCUUAACAGAGAUUCUAGUGGCCUUGCUGAUGAUGUUCCACCGCCUUGUUAUACUCCACCUGGACCUGCGCCUGCAUAUCCUGAACCACAGGUUCAGGAAGACUUUCCACGGCAGCCGCCUCCUCCAUACUACUGUCCCGAUUCUUUAAGCUCCCAGUCGUUGCUGAAUGAACCAAACCUUCCCAAACGCAGAGUUUUUAGCAUUGGCCCCAGUGGCUAUACUACAUUUAGUGGAGGUCAACCCGGUUUUAGUGUUGGUACCAUUUCUAUCCAGAGGAGUUCUCCUGAGAUGUUUGAUGUUCAGCAUUUCAGGAUUCUUCCUUAUGGUCGAGAUGGCCAGCAACAGGGUCGAGAGUCAUGCCCUGGUGUUAACGGUGCAACGCAGAGACUAGUUUUCCAGCUACAGCAAAACCAGGAUCAGACCCAGGAUAGUCUGCAGGCUGCGGCGUCCCAGGAGGGCUUCGGCCGAGACAGCCCGAGAGGUAUCCGCGCGGUGCGUUACCCCAGAAUUCGACUGCACAGGAGCUCCUCUCACCCGAGGCUGCUGCUGGAAAAUAAACAUCAGAAAAACGGGGCAGAUUUCCAGACCAUAGAGGAGAAUCAGACUGAUGUGGAAGUGGAAGCAAAAGAUGGAUCAAAAUGUUGUACUUUCAAAAUCAGUGGGGAAAAUCCCAGAAGGCAGCCGCAUUUCAAGAUAUUCUUUACCCAGAGUGGAGGCGGAGAUCAGGAUGUGAGUCUUGGCAAGAAAUUUACAACAAAUGAUCCCAAGACAAGAGAUGACUUCCUCGGACAGGUCGACGUUCCUCUCAACCAUCUGCCGACUGAGGACCCUGCGAUGGAGCGUCCUUACACAUUCAAAGACUUCCUGCUUCGGCCAAGAAGCUCAUGUCGUUGUUCCAGUCACAAGUCCAGGGUGAAGGGUUACCUGCGACUGAAGAUGGCCUAUUUGCCCAAACAAGGAGGACAAGAGGAGGAGGCUGGAGAGAUGAGGGAAGAGGCUGAGGUUUGGGAUGAGUCGGCAGAUUCAGGCUCCCAGCGGCCCCAGCAGCUGCUGCCUCCUUUGCCUCCGGGCUGGGAAGAAAAGGUGGACAACCUGGGACGUACGUACUAUGUGAACCACAACAACCGCAGCACACAGUGGAAACGGCCUUCCAACGUGGAUGUGAUCUCAGAAAUUGAGAGCGACAAUCAGCAGCGGCAAAUAAAUCAGGAGGCACACCGCGUUUUCCGUGCGCGGCGCCACAUCAGCGAAGACCUAGAGAACGAGCGCCUGGACUCCAGGGACAUCGACAAUUCCUGGGAGCUCAUCACCGAAGAGGAUCCCAACGACAGCUUCGACCUGCCACUGCCCGCCGCCUCUUCCGUUUUGACCCCACAACAGUCGCCGACGCCUGCCGCUGCUCAGGAGUUCUCUGAAGAUUUAAAUCUCAGGCUGUCGAUCGCCCCCGAAACGAACGGUGAACUGCCAGGGCCCAGCUCCUCUCUGAACCAGCUGUCAAACAGACUCCGGUCUUCAAGUAUGACAGAUGGUGUCAGUGAUCAGGCCCAAGCCCCUCCUCUAACGCAGGGUCCCCAGACCAGAAGAACAAGAGCUCAAACAGUCUCAGGUGGUGAGGAGCCCAUGUCCCCCUCGGCAGCUUCCUACGCCUUGACCACCCCCGGUCUGCCCGCUGGAUGGGAGGAGAGGAAAGACGGCAAGGGAAGAACUUAUUACGUCAAUCAUAACAACCGCACCACUACUUGGACUAGGCCAAUUGUGCAGCUGACUGAAGACGGAGCCAGCACCUCAGCAGCAGCAGCAGUAGCAUCUGGGGCAGCCUCGGCCCUGGUACCCGCUUCCACCCCUUCCUCCUCCUCUUCCAAUGCUUCCAACCACCACCUCCAUGAGCCUCAAGUCCGACGACCUCGUAGCCUCAGCUCUCCCACUGUCACCCUUUCCACCCCUUUGGAGGGUGCCAACAACAUCCAGGUGCGGAGGGCAGUAAAAGACACCCUCUCCAAUCCGCAGUCUCCCCAGCUGUCCCCUUACAGCUCCCCGAAAUCCCAGCACAAGACCCAGCAGAGCUUUUUGCCCCCGGGCUGGGAGAUGAGGAUAGCCCCGAACGGACGGCCAUUUUUCAUCGACCACAACAGCAGAACCACCACCUGGGAGGAUCCCAGGUUAAAGUAUCCUGUCCAUAUGAGGAAUAAGAACUCAAUGGAGCCUGGUGAACUUGGUCCUCUCCCUAACCUACCAGAGGAGCCGGGAUGGGAGGAAAGGGUUCACACAGACGGACGCACUUUCUACAUUGACCACAAUACAAAGACCACUCAGUGGGAGGACCCCCGUUUACAGAGUCCAGCUAUCACAGGGCCCGCUGUUCCCUACUCCAGAGAGUUCAAGCAGAAGUAUGACUACUUCAGGAAGAAAUUAAAGAAACCGGCUGAUAUCCCCAACCGGUUUGAGAUGAAGCUACACAGGAACAACAUCUUUGAGGAGUCCUACCGUCGAAUCAUGUCCCUGAAGAGGCCAGAUGUUCUAAAAGCGCGGUUAUGGAUCGAGUUUGAAUCGGAGAAAGGAUUGGACUACGGCGGCGUCGCCAGAGAGUGGUUCUUCCUCCUGUCUAAGGAGAUGUUCAAUCCCUACUACGGCCUGUUCGAGUACUCCGCCACGGACAACUAUACUCUCCAAAUUAACCCCAACUCUGGUCUCUGCAAUGAGGAUCACCUGUCCUAUUUCAAGUUCAUCGGGCGUGUGGCAGGAAUGGCCGUGUUUCAUGGGAAACUGCUGGAUGGUUUCUUCAUCCGGCCGUUUUAUAAGAUGAUGCUGGGAAAACAGAUUUCGCUCAAAGACAUGGAGUCUGUGGACAGUGAAUACUACAACUCCCUGAAGUGGAUUCUGGAAAACGAUCCCACAGAGCUUGACCUGAGGUUUUGCAUCGACGAGGACAACUUUGGACAGACAUAUCAGGUGGACCUGAAGCCCAGCGGCUCCGACAUGGUGGUCACCAACGAGAACAAGAAGGAAUACAUUGACUUGGUCAUCCAGUGGAGGUUUGUCAACCGGGUCCAGAAGCAGAUGAACGCCUUCUUGGAGGGAUUCACUGAGCUCAUUCCAAUAGAUCUGAUCAAGAUCUUUGAUGAAAAUGAACUUGAGCUGCUCAUGUGCGGCCUCGGCGACGUCGACGUUAAUGACUGGAGGCAGCACACGGUUUACAAGAACGGCUACUGUCCCAACCAUCCGGUGAUACAGUGGUUCUGGAAGGUCGUCCUGCUGAUGGACGCGGAGAAGAGGAUCCGACUCCUCCAGUUUGUUACGGGAACGUCACGAGUCCCGAUGAAUGGCUUUGCCGAACUUUAUGGUUCUAACGGCCCUCAGCUGUUUACCAUUGAGCAGUGGGGAACACCAGAUAAGUUACCAAGAGCUCAUACAUGUUUUAACCGCUUGGAUCUGCCCAGCUACGAAUCCUUCGAGGACCUGAGAGAGAAACUCCUCAUGGCGGUGGAGAACGCUCAAGGCUUCGAGGGAGUCGAUUAAAGCGCCUCCCCGACCUCCUCCCCCCCCCCCACACACACCCUUCUGACUGAAUCCAAAAUCGACGACGACAGCAAGAAAAACAAAAAAAAAAAUGUUAAUCCACAGGGACAUGAAACCAGCUGCUGUAGCAGUUUUUGUGCAAGCAUGUUGUACUGUAAUGCCUGACUGUGAGCCGCCUCCACUGCGCGGCGGUUUAGCGACUGUACAGCGACUCGCCGAGCCAAUAUGCCUACGUGUUUCUAUCUUUUCAGUGCGGGAGGGCUCACUCCUUCAAGGUGGUGGGGAAGACAGAAGGUAGCUGUGCACUGCCUCAGUUCUGAAAUGUCUUAUCUGCAAGCAGACGUAACCAGAGCUGGAAACCCCCCCCCCGAUCCGCUAUUUCGUCCCCUCAUACACCACCCUGCGAAAAUCUGCAGCGUUGGGGGGGGGAAAAAAUGUCGAUGCAUUUCAAUGGGGUCCCACUGUAGCACGGUGUUUGAGACCCUUUCGGGUGGAGAGCUCUUAGCAUGGCCUGAACUCGCCUCCUUCGUGCACUAUUUCUCCUAAGACGCUGCAGAGGCACUAUGACCUUAGAUCUUUUUCCAGUCUAUAACCCAACACCAGGUUACCUUAGGAAUGCUAGCCAAUCACAUUUCAGGAAAUCCGACACACCCCUCCGUAGAGCUUUGUCUGGGUCACGUGAUCAGAUAGCGCUGCUGCAGCCUUUAUAAAAUAAAACAUUCUCAUUGUUUAAGCCACUAAUAAAGAUUCAAUGGGGUGGGACAUAACUACCCCCCCCCCCCCCCCUCCCCGACAUGAUUUCCAACCCCCCCUCUUUUUGAUAUAUAGAUAAUUUUGUGGUCAUGCAACAGAAUUUCUGUUAUUAAUCGUUUGUAUAACUCUGGCAGGACAACAUGUUAUGUAUUUGUACUGAUGGACAAUGUUCUUUACUAUUUCAAUGACGGCGUUUGACAUGACGUCUGAAGUCGAGGUCUGGUUGGUCUGGGACGAGAAGAAUCCAUAUCAUUUGUUACGGUGAUAGCAAAUGUGUUUGAAAACAAUGUUUUUACUGUAGUGCUUCAAAAGCAGCAUGAAACCGUGCGUUGUGUUUGCUUUUUUGACUACAUACUAACUUGGAAGUGUAAUCGCUCUUGAGGUCAUGAAGGGAAAAGUCAAAUUGUGGCAAGUUUCUGUGAUUACCUUAAUGCUCCGUAUGCCUGUUGCUGUUCAUAAUGCUGUAAAAUCGUUCUUUUUCUCUUCUUUUUUUUUUUUGGGGGGGGGGCAUUUUAAGUUCUGAGAUAUGAAUAUAUGUAUUACAUUUAACAGAAGUAUUACUGAUCAACACUAAAAUGAAGCCGUGCGUGAGUGAAUGUUGGAGUGAAAAGCUGUGAUUACCGCUGAAUAUAAAGCAGCAUGUUUCUUACAAAGAAAAACUGAUGUUUCUCUUUUUCUUUUCCUUUCUUUCGUCUCCUGUUUUUCUAACACAACUGAACCUAAAGGGCACUUUAUAGAUAACUCUGAGGUCAUGUCGCCUGAUGUCUGUCUUUUCAUUUUACUUGAAUGUGGUUCUUUUUUUCGUCUUUCCUUUCGGAGCACUUCCUGGUGCAAUAUGAAUAAUCUGUAAAAAAUAAAAAAUAAAAAUCUGGGCUGCUGCUACGAUAGAAACGGAUAGAAAAACAGACACUUCCUACUCUUAAGUUCAUAUCCUGUUUGGAGCUGUUUCUGGCUAUUUUCCUCGUAUGUUUCUUACCUUGGUGAUCUCGCAGUUCUUCUGACUGACCUGUUUGUUUGUUUGUUUUUUUAAAUCAGGUUUUCAUUUUUUAAUGGAUACUGAAAAAUAUAAUUUUUGUUAAUGAUUCCACUACUUUCUGCAACUCUUUGUGGUUCAUUUAACUUUAAAUAAAAAAAAAAGAUACUUCUUA